AACUCUAUUCUAUCAACACUGUCCGCAGUUGACUGUUCUAUCCACUUCCUAAAACCCACUGAUGGCAACAGUCAAUUCCGACGCCAACAACGACGGCGGUGGCGGCCGGCUAAAGGUGUACACGCGCCGCUCUCUUCGACGGCAGCGGCACAUUCCCGAAGAUAUCGUCAUCUGAAUCCUCUCGCGUCUUCCGGUCGAAUCCCUACUCUGAUUCAGGUGCGUUUCCAAGGCAUGGCUGUCUUUGAUCUCCGAUCCUAAAUUCACCCUCGAUUCCUCCCAAAGGCGCAACAAAAUCGCCAUUAGAACUGCUCAUGGCUUGUGCGAUGAUCAUUCUGGUAUAGUUUACUCAGUCGACGACGACGUAGUGUAUAGGACUUCGCGUAUUAAACGAAUGGGUAACAACAAGAACUUAGAGUGGUUUCGAAUAUUAGGUUCGUGUAAUGGUUUGUUGCUCGUGAGCCAUUACACGGAUUUGUAUAUGUGGACAAGGCAAUGCACCAAAGUGCUCUCCCUUCCUAGUGAUCAUUGGGGGGAGGGGGUGUAUAAUGUUGUGGUUGAACUUUCUGCUAGCUGUGGACUUUGUUAUGACUCCUCUCAUGAUGAUUACAAGGCAGUAAUGGUUUGCAACGACAAACCUAGUUAUAGUGUAGCUAGUUUUAGGAGAAAAAAUUGGGUCACCACCACUUGCCGCUUUGCAGACGAGAUGAAUUCUGGGCCAGUAGUGAAUGGUAAGUUGCACUGGGUGGUCAUUCAACACGGCAAUAAAGGCUUUUCAACAGACCGAAUUGUUUAUUUUGAUCCAAUUACUGAUGAAUUUCUGGAAUUAUCGGCACCACCAGGACGUUAUAGUUUUCGGGGAUUUAAUAGAGUUAUAUUGGGAUUGGGGGUUUUAGAGGGAUGUCUAUGUAUGGCACGCAUUGGUUGUGAAAGUGGUGAUGAAGUUGAACCUGGUGUUAUUGAGUUUUUUGUCAUGAGGAAAUACGGUGUGAGAGAGUCAUGGAGUAGCAUUUUCGUCACGUCUAUUUUUAUGGGAUUGGCGAGUCUGCACGAAUUUGGAAACUUGGUACCACUGUGCUAUACAAAGAAUGGUGAAGUUCUUAUUGUAGUGAAUAAGAACAAAUUAUUUGUAUGCAAUCCCGACAAGUCUUCACAAAGGGAGAUUCCUAUUCCAAGUGAUCGUUACCUUAUUGACGUUGCUCCAUACACGGAGAGUUUGGCUUCACCUGCUGCCUAUGGUCACGAGGAAGAGGAAGAGGAAGAUGAAGAGGGAGAGGGAGAGGGAGAGGAAGAGGAAGAUGCUGAAAAUUUUGUCUAUUUUGAUUGGUUCUGUUGGAGUUGCUAUUAUAGCAGGGACUCUUUAAUCUCGCCAUGGAGGAAGGUUCCGGUUAUUAUUCCGGUGAUGUGGAAAGGAUACGGGAAAACAGAAGGAGACCUGGAAAAGUUCAAAAGAAGAAUUGAUAAAGCCCGACCUAAAUUCUUAGCAGAAAAAGAGAAAACAAAAGUAAAAAGGCUGGCAGAGGAUUAGAAUUGAAUUACCUGGAGAAAACAUCAUUGGGACUUUAUUCAUUAUCUUGGGUGAGGAAGACUUUAGUCAUGGGUACAAAAAUGGAGUUUGAAUGCAACUUUAUGUGUGACAAUCCUAGACUCUUAUGUUCACAUUAUGUGUGUGUGUACGUGUCAUUGUGUACAUGCAUACUGUAAACAUAUAUACAUCUCUAUGAAGAGAAUGAGAGGUUUCCAAUUUUAUAUCUCUACAGAAAUACUUAGACUUCUAUUUAUUAGUCGGCAUGAAAUUGUUGAAGCUCAUUCCAUCUUCAAAAGAAUUAUUUUUCUAAUGAGUUCAGUUGCUAACUUCCUAAUGACAAUGAACAACAUAUGAGUAGAUGACUUGAUAGAUGAUCAUUUGAUGUAUUAAUGUCAUCCAAUAGCGCAUAAAUGUAUCUACCAUGAAGUAUUGUCAUUUUACGUCUUGAUAAGGUUUUUAAAGAAAAAGGUAAGAGAAACAUUUAAUAUGAGCAUCUUUGUGGUUUUGCAUAGUAGCGUCCUG